AAAGGGCUUGAACACAAAACUAGCUCCAUUCAUUUCGCAGCACAGUCUUGGCAAUGAAACACAGUAUGCAUUGGAAUAGGCCUGAUUAUUGUUUCCUGACCACACAGUUAUAGAUACCGGAUUAUUCUUUUUGUCUGUGCAUAAUGGAACAAAGCGGGCAGCAGCCGUGGAUAGCGCGAUGGAGAUGCUUCGUCUACAUUGCAGCUUUCGUAACGUUUUGGAGCGAAGCCUCAGCUCAGAUCAGUUAUUCCAUCUCUGAAGAAGUGAAAGAAGGAAGUGUUGUUGGAAAUAUUGCCAAAGACUUGGGAAUUGAUAAGGCUACGUUGAAAGCUAGAGAGUAUCGUAUUGUUGGCAGUUCAACGGAACCCCUUUUUCGUUUCAAUAUGGACGACGGCAUCCUGUACGUCAGUAGGAAAGUGGACAGGGAAGAGAUCUGUGAACGAAGCAAAGCAUGUAUAAUCAACCUUAAAACCGUGCUAGAAAAUCCUCUGGAAAUCCAUUAUGUAGCUAUAGAGGUGCAGGAUGUAAACGACCACUCCCCCGUGUUUCCAGAGAAGCAGAAGCGCCUGGAGAUAUUUGAAUCUACAUUACCGGGAGCACGGUUCCAGCUACAGCCUGCACGCGACCCAGACGCUGGUCAGUUUACUGUUCAGCAGUAUAAACUCAGCCAAAACGACCACUUUCGUUUGGAAGUUAAGGAGAGGGGCGAAGAUCGUAAGAUGCCCUUUUUGAUUCUGCAGAAGCAGUUAGACAGAGAGGCUAUGAGAGAGCACAAGCUCCUGCUUACAGCUAUUGAUGGUGGGAGGCCAGCGAGGUCUGGAACAGUAGAAAUAGUAAUUCAGGUGCUUGACUUUAAUGACAAUUCUCCGAUUUUUACAAAAGACGUAUAUUCUGCUAUAUUAAAUGAAAACGCAGACCUCGGAACGUUAGUUAUUCAGGUUAAUGCGACUGAUUUGGAUGAGGGUGCAAACUGCGAAAUUGUUUACGCAUUUGGCAAAGAAGUGGAUUUACAUUUGCAAAAAUUAUUUAAUAUAGACUCAGAGACGGGCGAAAUAAAAGUGACCGGAGAAAUAGAUUUUGAACAAAAUGAAAGCUAUGAAAUUGAUAUACAAGCUUCAGAUAAAGGUACUAUUCCUAUUUCUACAUACAAAUCUGUGAUAAUAAAGGUAAUUGACUACAAUGACAAUCCCCCAGAGAUAGAAAUUACAUCAUUUUCCAAAUCAGUUCCCGAAGAUUCCAGAAUUGGAACAACAGUAGCUUUAAUCAGCAUCAAUGAUUUAGAUUCAGGUCCUAAUGGGAAGGUUUCCUGCUUUAUACGUAAUGAUUGUCCUUUCGCUAUUACUCCAUCCUUGCGAGACAAUAUGUACGCAGUAGUGACCAAAUCAAAACUAGACAGAGAAGUUAAGUCUUUUUAUGAACUUACAGUAGUGGCAAAAGACACCGGAGAGCCACCGCUUUCCUAUGAAAAAACAAUAAGUGUUGUUGUAUCAGAUGUGAAUGAUAACCGACCACAGUUUUCACUGAGCCCGUAUACAUUCUAUGUUACUGAAAACAAUGACCUAGCAGCACCUGUAUUUUCAGUAAGGGCAUCUGACCUUGAUGAUAGUGAUAAUGCACAUAUUUCAUAUUACAUUCCCAGGGAGAGCAGUGGAAAAACGUUUGGUCUGUUUUUAAAUAUAAAUAGUGAAACUGGAGAUAUAUCAGCACUAAAAAGCUUUGACUUUGAGACUCUGAAAACGUUCCAGUUCCAAGUUGUCGCCACAGAUUCUGGAACUCCGUCACUAAGCAGCAACGUCACAGUGCACGUGUUCAUUCUGGAUCAGAACGACAAUGCUCCAGUCAUCCUGUAUCCGGUCAGCUCUAACGGUUCUGCUGAAGGUGUGGAGGAGAUUCCCCGCAAUGUGAACGCAGGACACUUGGUGACUAAAGUCAGAGCCUAUGACGCUGAUAUAGGAUAUAACGGCUGGUUACUGUUCUCACUGCAGGAAGUUACUGCCCACAGUCUCUUUGGUUUGGACCGCUAUACAGGACAGAUCAGAACACUUCGCUCAUUCACAGAGACAGACGAGGCUGAGCAUAAACUGCUCAUACUGGUGAAAGACAAUGGCAACGUUUCCCUGUCAGCAACAGCUACUGUGGUUGUUAAACUUGUGGAGCCCAGAGAGGCUUUUGCUGCUGCUGAUGUUAAAAGUGCAACAAAGGAUGAUGAGGAUAAUAAUGUGACUUUUUACCUGAUGAUAACUUUGGGCUCAGUCUCAACACUUUUUCUCAUCAGUAUCAUCGUGCUGAUUGCAAUGCAGUGCUCUAAGUCCACAGACUAUACUUCUAAAUAUCUACAAGAGACUAACUAUGAUGGGACACUGUGUCACAGCAUCCAGUACAGAUCUGGAGACAAGCGCUACAUGUUAGUUGGACCCAGAAUGAGUAUAGGAUCUACUAUAGCCCCGGGCAGCCAUGCCAACACACUGGUGCUUCCUGACAGGAGGGGAACAUCUACAGAGGUAAGAUAA